AUGCCCUCCAGCCACGCGAGCUGCACCGAAGUCUCGGCGGACUGCCCCGUCUCAGCGACCACUCUGGGUUAUUACCCUAACCUGGGCGCGAAUGUAUUCUUCGUCGUGGUGUAUGCACUUUGCGCCAUUUUCACCUUGGGCAUUGGAUUAUGGAAAAAGACCUGGGUCUUUGGCGUGGUUGUAUUUGCUGGAUUUGCCCUCGAGACAUGUGGGUACAUUGGUCGAGUCCUGAUGCACUCCAACCCCUGGUCCGACCCAGGCUUCAAAUUAGAUCUCGUCUGCAUCAUCCUUGCACCCACCCUCAUCUGCGCCGGCAUCUAUCUCACCCUCAAACACGUUGCGCGCACAGUUGGCCCAGACUUUUCUCGCAUCACCCCUCGACUCUACACUUGGAUCUUCAUCCCUUUUGACGUCUUUUGUCUCUGCUUGCAGGGAGUCGGCGGUGGUGUCGAUGCAGCAGCCUCCGACAAGACACCCAUCGACGCAAAGACUCUCAAGACCGGAAACGACAUCAUUAUCGCUGGUAUUGCAUUGCAAGUUGUCAAUUUGGCUGUCUUUGGCUUGUUUUCGCUUGACUUCUUCAUCGCGGCUAGGAAGCAUUUCAAAAACCCGUCAGAAAAGGUCAGAAAUUCAGCGGAGGCCCAGAUUUGGUAUUCCAGAAGGUUCAGGGUUUUCUGUUCCGCGAUUGCGUGUGCAUAUGCGGGCAUUUUGAUCAGGUGUAUUUAUCGUGUUGCCGAAAUGGCCGGUGGAUGGGGCAACGCAAUAAUGCGUAACGAGGUUCUUUUCUACGUCCUCGAGGGAGCAAUGGUCCUCUACCCAGCUAUCCUCCUCACUAUUUUCGCCCCGGGACUUUACUUUCCCGAAAUGGGCUCCAAGGCCCCCCUCGCUCCUUCCCCUGCCACCGACUCUGAGAAUGCAGUUGCUCCCAACGAAGAGUCCAAGCCAGUGACGCCUGAGGAGGGAAUGAUGGCGACUCAUUAA